UCUUGACUGCAUAUAAAAGCCACCCUUGGAGAGACUCAAACCCAGACCACAAGCACAGAGGAAUCGCCAUGAGGCUCCUGGUGCUGGUAGCUGCUUUGGGUUGUGUGGGGGGGAGUCUGGGCCUGGACUGCAGUCCCUUCGCCAGACCGUGGCUGGUGUCCCUCUCAGGCCAGACCGGAGUCCUGCUCAAUGAGUGGUGGGUGCUGACCAAUUUCGACUACAAUUCUGGGUCUCAUCAACUGGAGGCUCGACUGGGAGUGGAUGACCUGAAUGGCCAGUCGAACACUGAGCAGAGGGUCCGCGUGGCCAGAUGGAUAAACCAUGACCCCUACUCGGGCUUUCGCCGGCGCAAGAGGAGCCCCAUGCAUGACCUGGCACUGGUGAGGCUGGCAGAGCCGGCACGCUUCACCCCUUAUGUGCAGCCCAUGGCACUGCCCACUCAAUGCCCACAGACUGGGGAGCUGUGUGUGGUGACUGGCUGGGGAUCCACCGGCUCAGGGCCCGUGUCCAAAAAGCAACAGUGUCUGGUUCAGCAAGUCCUCAGUGAUAACGUCUGUAGGCAGCUGAACCCCAUGUACUGGUCAUCCAACCUGUUCUGUACUGGAUCCCACCACACCGCAGAAGGCAGCUGUCUGAGAGACCGGAGUAGUAUUUUGGUGUGUGGGGGAACGCUGCAGGGCGUGAAUGGCUUUGUUUUCGUGUCCGAGGGAUGUUCUGCCGGGAAGCCCGACGCGUACUCCCGCAUCUGUCGCUACAGGAGCUGGAUCGAUAGAGUAAUGAGCACCAUGACUCCAACCGUGGGGCCUUAUACCACCACUCCACCCACCCCUCCACCUGUUAGCACCACGUGGAGAUGGGAUGAUCAUUUUGUGUCUUAAAUCAGUGUGUUAAACGUGUCCUUGGGUUUGAUUCUCAGGGAGCACAAAUAAGAUACUGAUGAGAAUGUGCAUUAUAUCUGGGAUGUAGGUCACUUUGGAUAAAAAUUAAUGAAUACAAAUCUGAGACCAGGAAGAUGGCAGGAUAGGCGUUGGAUGAAAUGAGCCAGUGGUGUUAAAUGUAAACAUUUGUGUGGCAAAUCAUGAAAAAAAAUAAUUUGUUUUAAUUUACAGUAUAAUUUGCAUGUCAUGGGAAUGGAUGACGUCUUAUGGAAGAUAAAUAACAGACUACUCAGAAACAUCAUAGCCUUUCAGAAGAUGUUCAUCGUAGGUUAUUAAAAGUCACUCCUAUUCUCUUUGUUUGGUACUGCUGUCAUUAACAAAUCAUUCAUUCUGAGAUAUAUAGGCUACUGCUUUGACUGUGCUUGAACGCAUAAACCCUUAAAUAUAAUAUUUCCAUGAUUCAAAUAAGGGUUUGUUGACAAAGCUAAGAUGGAGCAAAUACGUUUGAAGACAAAUAUUAAACUGAAUACCUUUGCUACA